CAAAUUUGGAUGAGCACCCUCUUUGUUAAAUGUUUAUAAUGUAACCAAAGACCAGCAACAAUAAAAUGUCAAUAGUGUAAAAUAGGAUAGGUUGUAAGAUUAUGCUACAGUUGUGAUUCACAAGUACAUAAUAGAUAAGGACCUAUUAGUCAACUACAUAAGACAGAAAUCAUUCCUUAUUAAGGUAAUAAUGCAAAUUUGAAAUAAUGUAGAAAUGUAUUAAAAAGCUCCACAAUCAGCUGGAUAAACUAAUUAGGGAAAUAAAUUUGAAAAUACUCAAAUUGCUUAAAAAAAAUAAUAACCUUAACAGUCAUAAUAAUCUUAGGGACAAUUUAAAUUUACAGCUACUACUAAAUAAGAACCACCUUAAUUUACUUAGAAGCCUGUUACAAAUGUGGCAAAACCACUUUAAUAACCUGCUACUAAGGAGAUUAAUUUUUCUGGCACAAGAUCAAAUAAUAAACCAAGAUAUGAUUAAAAAGAAGAAGAAUAAUACAAUAGUUCAUAAAAAAACUCUGUAAUAAAUCAAAUAUUAUAUUAAUUAGGACUAAAAAGGGUAGUUAAACAAUUAAUUAAAAGAAGAGCAAGAUACAUGUUAACAACUUAAAAAAGAACUUAAAUAAGCUUAAGAUUAAUUAAAUUCAUUAAAUAAAGAAGUUGAGAAGAAGAUGUAAAUAUCAUUUAUAUAAUUUUAUAGCAAGGCAUCUUAAUAGGAUCUUGAGAAAAAACUUAAUGAUUUAAAGAAGGAAGGAGCUGAAGAAAAGAAGAAGACUUAAUAAUUGACAGAGGAUGUUAAGAAGUUGAAAGAAUAAUUAAAAAAUGCUGAAUAAUAAACUUAAAAGAAAUUAGAUUAACAAAAAAAAUAAUAUGAAAAAUAAAUGUUAGAAAUGGAAUAAACAAUAAAUGAGAAGCAAUAAUAAAUUGAUGAGAUUGCUUAAGAAUUUUAGAAUUAUAAUUUAGAAGAUAUAUAAGCUAAAAUGGAAGAAAUGGCAAAUGAUAUCAAUAUGAAAGAUUAGAUUAUUGAAUAAUUACAAACACAAUUAUAAAAAGGAGAAGGCAAUUAAAAUGAUGGAGAAGAAGGUGAUAAGGAAGAAAUUAUUCAGUAAAUAGAGUAGAAGGAUUAAGAAAUUAAAAAAUUAGAGGAAUUGAUUGAGAAUUUUAAAUAAUUGUAUUAACAUAUGUUAGAUGAAAAAUAAGUUAUUAUGGAAGAGAAUGAAAAAUUGGCAAAUGAAAAUAAUCAAUUCAGAGAAAUAUUUAGUGUAUUAUUAAAAAUAAAUUAUAUAGUAAAACUUACACUUGUUUGGAAUUGAUCCUAAUUAAUUGGAAGAAGAAGGUGAAGGAGAAGGUGAAGAUGGAGAAGGAUAUCAACAAGAGGAAGGUAUUUAUUUAACUUUAUUAGGUGAGAUAAUUGAAGAAGAUGAG